GUUGUGAGAAUGCCAAACGGCACGAUUUUAUAGUUUUUAGUUGAAUCAGCGAGCUUCGUGCAUUACUCGAGAAAAAGAUGGGAAAUGCAGAUACAAAGAUGAACUUUCGGAAAGCUGUUGUACAGCUGAUGUCUAAAACACAAGUAAUUGAUGCAUCUGAUGAUGUAUUUUGGGAUCAAUUUUGGUCAGAGAACGUAUCUAGUGUGCAGGAUGUAUUUACUUUGAUACCAGCUUUAGAAAUUCGUACUCUUCGACAAGAUUGUCCCUCGAAUUUAGCAAUGCUAUGCUACAAAGCUGUAGAGAAAUUAGUGAAGGCUGUUGAUAGUAGUUGUAGGACUCAAAGUGAACAACAAACUGUUUUAAAUUGUUGUCGACUGUUGACAAGGUUAUUGCCUUAUAUUUUUGAAGAUUCUGAGUGGAAAGGAUUUUUCUGGUCCAGUUUGCCUGGAAAAGAAAAUGAUGAAAGUGUACCAUUAGCACAUUCCUUACUUAAUGCAAUAUGUGAUUUGCUAUUUUGUCCUGACUUCACUGUUGUUGCAAAUAGAAAAUCUGGACCAGAGAAAGCAGAAGAAUUACAAUCAAUUGAUAGUUGUGAAUAUAUAUGGGAAGCUGGUGUUGGUUUCGCUCAAUCUCAACCAAGGAACCCAGUGUUAGAUUCUAAUAGGACUGAAUUAUUGAAAGUAUUGUUAACAUGCUUCAGUGAGACAAUGUAUAAUCCUCCGAUCGAUAUAUCAGUAGCUCCAAAUAAAUGGAUACAAUAUUUAACUAGCUCUGAAAAUAGACAUGCUCUACCAAUGUUCACAUCUCUACUAAAUACAGUAUGUGCUUAUGACCCAGUGGGUUUUGGAGUCCCUUACAAUCACUUAUUGUUCACUGACUCAUUAGAACCUUUAGUAGAAGUUGCACUACAAAUUCUGAUAGUUACUCUUGACCAUGACACAAGUUGUGGAGCAACUGUUGAGGAGGGUGCUGUUGUGGAUAACUUAUUCAUUAAUUAUUUAAGCCGAAUACAUAGAGAUGAAGAUUUUCAGUUUGUCUUGAAAGGCAUCACAAGAUUGUUAAAUAAUCCAUUAACACAGACUUACUUGCCCAAUUCUACCAAGAAAGUACAUUUUCAUCAAGAACAACUUGUAUUCUUUUGGAAAUUAUGCGAUUAUAAUAAAAAGUUUUUAUAUUAUGUACUGAAAAGUUCAGAUGUACUUGAAGUAUUGGUCCCCAUACUUUAUCAUCUAAACGACUCCAGAGCUGAUCAAUCAAGGGUGGGUUUAAUGCAUAUUGGCGUAUUUAUUCUACUUUUAUUGAGUGGAGAACGUAAUUUUGGUGUACGAUUAAAUAAACCAUAUACUGCCACUGUCCCUAUGGAUAUUCCAGUCUUUACAGGGACUCAUGCUGAUCUACUGGUUACAGUAUUUCACAAAAUAAUCACAACAGGCCAUCAAAGACUGCAGCCUUUGUUUGAUUGUCUGUUAACUAUUUUAGUCAAUGUUUCACCUUAUCUAAAAACAUUAUCAAUGGUUGCUAGUACAAAACUUCUGCAUUUAUUGGAAGCUUUUAGUACUCCAUGGUUUUUAUUUUCUGCUCCAACUAAUCAUCAUUUGGUAUUUUUUUUACUGGAAAUAUUUAAUAACAUUAUUCAGUAUCAAUUUGAUGGAAACAGUAAUUUAGUUUAUACAAUAAUAAGAAAAAGGCAAGUUUUUCAUGCAUUAGCUAAUUUGCCAAGUGACUGCAACACAAUUGCAAAAUCUCUUAGUAAAAGGCAAAGAAAGCAUAUGCCAUCAACCACAUCUACAGAAAAUGUAAAUGAAGCUGCCAUGGAGGGUUCACAUCCCGCGCAACCUGCCGAGCCUGGAACCCUCAAAGCAACUUUAUUAGAAACACCUGGAAUUGAAAAAAUGACCGAAAAAGAAUCAGCUCAUCCACUAAGUCCCACGUCUGAUGUAGAUGUUAAUAAACCAAGUACUGCAAGUGCAGAUGCACCAAGUAAUCAAGCUAUAGGAGCAAAAAAUGAAUCUAUUGUGACUAAAGGAGGAAUACGCGUUACCGAACAAUCCAAUUCUAUAAACAGUGUGAAUCAAUGGAUACCAACAGCUGAAUGGGUCUAUCAAUGGAAAAGUAAACUGCCGUUACAAACGAUUAUGCGAUUAUUACAAGUUUUAGUACCUCAAGUUGAGAAAAUCUGUAUUGAUAAAGGCUUAACAGACGAAAGUGAAAUUUUAAAGUUUCUACAACAUGGAACACUUGUUGGAUUAUUACCUGUACCACAUCCGAUUCUUAUACGCCGAUACCAAGCGAAUGCUGGUACAACUGCGUGGUUCAGAACAUACAUGUGGGGUGUUAUCUAUUUACGUAAUAUUGAACCUCCUAUUUGGUACGAUACAGAUGUAAAACUCUUUGAAAUUCAAAGAGUUUAA